AUGGAUCUUUCCUUUCCUGCCUAUCUGUAUGACAAGUACACCACCAAUCCAGAUGAUCUCAAAGAGGGUCUUUUUAAGGGCAAGAUCCUCAUUCAGGGGUUCAAAGCCGUGUUCACAUCACCUUUGUCUGCAAAGGUCAUUGAAGGCGACGGCGACGGCGCAGAUGUUAUCGAGAACAACAGACAUGCUAGUAAGGCUCACUCAGGAGUCAAGGUCAAGAAACAUGUAGCCCAGAUCAUCCAGAUGAAAAAAGUCACCCCUCGCUCUAUCGCAUACAUCGCGUGCCAAACCAUUGUGGACUUCUUUGAGAAACCUCCUGGUCAAGAAGCGUCUCGCAGAGUCGACCGACUCCUCGAGUGGUGGACUAGAAAAGUUUUUGGAUGGAGUCAUCGUGAUGAGCUUAGUAGUACUGUGAAGGCCACCAUGUCCGUCAAUGCUCUCGUGAGGCAGAGGACAGCACGUGAUGAUGCUACUUUUGAUUUGCCCUAG